GUGCUCCCACAAUGUAGGCAUCAACGGCAUCAACGGCAUCAAAGCAUCAAAGGCAUCGCUCGGGGUGGUUCCGGGAAUACAGCGUUGGGGGGGAUGACAUUAUUUGAUGGAUACAUUAAAAAACUGUUUCCUCAUCGUAAAAUGGAUUAAAGAAACACUAUUUCACGGCUUUUGACGAGAACACGUCAUUUUCCCAGCGUAAUAUACAGACGAAGGGCUCUACUUUCCCGACGCUCUUUUGACGUGUAUCCUUCCGCCAGCACAUCGCAUCAUCGCACGGCAUCAUUUCCGAGCACCCGACAAAUGCACGUACGGUGGGCGGCCGAAGCCGAAUCCACAACGUGAUUCCGCCGACGUCCAAGAGAUAGCGCUGCGAUACGGACCGACCAAUCACAGCACAGGUUGAGUUUAGCCGCGAAACAAUCGACGUUCGAAGUUCGUUGUUGCCGUCAACGUCAAACCUGGUCAAGCCCGCCUAAAGCCCGCCAAGCCGUAUCUGCGACCGUCGGUGUUGUUUCUGUUUCUUUGUGAUUUGUCCAGCAUCCAGCCAUCAUCAUUAUCUUCCAGCAUCCAGCCCAGCUCAAUCCCACCAUCAUCAUCCUCAAAAUCAUCCGCCUCCUCCAUCGUCACCUGACAACACCCACUGCCCACCCUAUUGUGCAAUAUGGGAACCAAGCGUGAAAGAAACGCACCGAAAGGGUACCUCAAUUCGCCAGGUCUCAUAAGUGUUGUUUCAAAAUACCCAGUCCUGUGGGAUUUUAUAAACCACCCAAACUACACAAACUCAGCAGCAAGGGACGCUGCCUGGGAAAAGGUGGCUGAGAGGUUCCUAGAUGCCACCCCUCAAGAGUGCCAAACCAAAUGGCAAUCUAUCAAGCGUGCCCUCGCUAAUAGUAGGAGGCGUCAGAGAAUUUACGAGUAUUCUGGUGCCCCUGCUGACAGUAAGAGGAAGUGUAGACCGUACAAAUAUUGUAAGAAUUUGUCAUUCCUGGACUCCCUAAAACUGGAAGAAGAGGAUGUCCAGGAUGGCACCAUGUCAGGCAGUGAAAAUGACACUGGAUUAUCUGGAUCGGAUAUGGAAGGAUCAAGCUUAUUAAGUACUGAGACAGAACAUACUUUGAGCAUCCACGAAGUCUCCACUGCUUUAGAUGAAGCAGGUUCAUCAGAGGAACUAACGACAGUCAUUCCAAACAAAGCCUUCCUUCCAUUCAAAAAUUUGCAGCAAAAUAGCCAGGACUAUACACCACAGCAAAAUGGCCUUUUCAUGGCCUUCAAACUUGAGCAAGCACUUAAUAAACAGCAAAAACAAGGAAGGCCGAAGAAUGGAAAGGUCAACCCACAUAUUAAGGAAGACCUUAAGACUCCAAUUAAAAAGAAUAAGACCAUUCAGAACUCUAGAGAAGUGGAGGAUUAUUUGGAUACUACUCAGGAGAUGUCAGAGAAUGAUAAGGAAAAUUCACCACUGAAGAGUCCAAUUGUCGUCGUAAAACAAAAGAAAAAUAAGAAAAAGAUCUCCCCAAAAAUAGUAUUGGUAGAGCAGCCCUCAAUAGUCUCUGGUGGAGAAUCAGACUCUGAAGAAGAGGAACCCUCAAAUAAGCUCGCCAAAAAGAUAAAGGUGUCAAAAGAAAGAGAAAAGCGAAGAGAAUUGCAGACACUAAAAAUUAAGGAGAAGGUGAAGCUUGCAUCAAUAAAGAACAACCCAAAAAAAGAAAAAAAUCAAGGAAUAACAACACCAAAAAUCAAUGAAGAUCAGGAAGACAUCACAGAUAUCUUGAUGCAGUUAGCCAAACCUGAAGACCCCCACACACAAUUGGGACUCUAUCUGGGGGAUAGGAUAAAAAAUCUAUCCCCAAAACCCAGAGGCCAGUUCGUGGCAAAAAUAAUGGUCAUGUUAGCUCAGUAUGAAGAAGGGGACGUGCCGGACAGGAAAGAAGAAAAGGAAAAGGAGCAGGGAUCAGUGAAAGUGAACAAGUGCCUAGCUAGGCCUCAUUUCUCAGCUGAAGAAGAGGCAGCUCUUGUUCAGCUUUUUAAUACCCAGGCCAGCAGCACUGCUGUGGCCAGCAUAAAAAGUAUUCAAGUAACUGUCACUGAUUUCCAUACUCUUAAGAAUGGGGAAUGGCUAAAUGACAUGGUGAUAAAUGCCUACUUUGAAUUAAUUGCAGCCAAAUUUGAAUUGGUUUGCAGUUUGAGUAGUUUUUUCUAUGAAGACCUACUCAAUGAGAAUAAGGACUCCAUGGGAUUGGCAAAAAACGUUCCCCUGUUCUCCUUCAAAAAAAUAUUGAUACCAAUAUGCAAAAAGAAGAACCAUUGGGUACUGACAGUGGUCGAUAUGGAAAACAAAAAUAUAAGAUAUUAUGACAGCAUGAAUGGCCAGGAUAUUCAUUGCCCCAGUAAAAUUUUAUCUUAUUUGGAGCUGAGGAAAGAUGGUGAUUUUGAAGACAUAGACAUUUCUCAGUGGUCCGCCAAUCAUGUACUGGCGCCACGGCAGAUGAAUGGUUAUGACUGUGGGGUGUUUGUCUGUGCUUACGCAAGGUAUGAGGCAGAGGGGGCUGUCAUGAACUUCAGCCAGAAGGACAUGCCCCAUUACAGAAAGAUGAUUGGUUUGAGCAUUUUAAGUGGUGAGCUACAUUGAUUUUUAAUAAGUUCCUAAUUGUAAUUCUUACAUUAUUUUAGACCAUUGAUGAUGGAUGUUUACAGUCAUGAGCUCUUACUCAAUUUUGCUUUUCAAUUUGCAGGAAAUGUUUAUUAACUUCUUGUUUUUCUGAGAUUAUUAAUUAUCCCCUCAUUAUGUAUGUGGAUCACUUGAAAUCUGAAAGAUACUACUGAGUGUUUCUGAAAUUUGCUGUCACCAAUUUAUUUUGUUAGAGGGAAUUGUCAACAAUAUCAUACUCAGUGUGGAAUUAAAUUACUUGUCUAAACACAUUUAAUGUGCUUUGUUAUGUAACAUUGUUUAAUCUGUUUUGAUGGUGGGUUUUUCUGUUAUACUGUACAUUUCUUUAAUGUACCACUUAUUGAUCUUGCUUGGGUGUUCUGGAACUAUUUAACCACCAUGCUAUUGUCCCAGUCACUAUUAGUGUCAUGAAAUAUUGGAACUUAGAACUAAUUGCUUAGUUGCCAUGUGAACGUAUCCGUACUGUGUUUGUACCUGAAUUAGCUUUUAUUGCCAAUCUUCCCUUUAUUUUCUGAAUAAUUAGAAAAGGGGUAUUUCAAAUCUAUAUUAAUGCAGAUCUUUGAUCUGGCAGUUGAUCUUUUUCCUGUAAGUUGUUACAAAUGAAUAUGUGAUCAAAUCACCAAAUACUAAUCUGAUUUUCUCAUUUAAUUCAUUUUAAAUGUCGUCUUUGCUUGGCAUUGUUAGUGUUAGACUGAGUGUAAAAACAUAUGAAGACAGUGUUUCCUUUUUUCUUUUUUGCUAUGUACCUCAUGAUAAUUAAACCACACCACUCACCAAUUUUAAUGUAAAGAGUAUGUGGUCCAAGCCCCCAUCAUAGUUUGCUUUUUUACUACUACCUAAUUUGAUUUUAUUGUUUUAAAAUUUAACAUAUCCGUAUAAUUUUUAACAGUGGAGGACCUUGACUUGCAUGUUACAGGCUAAAAAAAACUUUGGAGUAUUACUUCUGUACUUUUAAGAAUUAAUUGCUUCUGAGAAUUACAAUUUUUAAUGCAUAUCAGAUAAAAUUAUUUUGGAAAUGGAUUUUAAAAGGUGAUGAACUUAGUCAUUGUGGAUACUGUUUGAAAUGAUGGUGGGGAUAGGUAUUUUUUAUACUCUAUAAUCUUCUGCCAAUUUCGGUUCAUAGAUCUUGUAUGGUAAUACUACAACUAAGAGAGAGUGUAUAGAAAUCUGCCAAGUUAUGGUAAGGAAUCUUUAGCAACCUAUUUUUUUCUAAAUUAAAUUUUGUUGUGAUUUCAUAAUUUGUAGCAACUUUAACAAUUUCUUGUGAAAACAGAAGUGGUUUAAUGGCUACUUUCAAAUAUUGGAGAGGUGUGUGUGAUAUGGUAUGUUAGAGAUUUAUUUUUGAAAGUUUGAGUGGCAACUUUAUAUGGAGGGACCGAGGUUAAUGUGUGCUACCUCUUAGCAAUUUGUUUGUGUCAAGGUGUACAGUCUUAUGUGCAUUAUUUCGCCUUCUGCAUGAGAUCAAGAAAGUCAGUUGCUGGCAAUUUUUGAUUUGUGUCAUUACUUAAAGAAACUAAAUCUUUCUAUAUCAUCCAAACAACAUAUUCUAUACCAAAGUUAAGCAAAGGAUAAAUCUGUUAUUUCCUUCUUUUACCUUGUAACGCAUGCAUUGUGAUAUAUAUGAUUUUAGAGUAAUUGGGUGAGACUGACUGAUAUGUAAUUCAGGAGUGUCAGUUUCCUGUAAAGUGAGUGUGAUGGCACUUGCCAAAAUGAGACUUGCUCAUAACAUAGGCUCUAACGCACUCAGAUGUUGGAAUGUGAGAUGUAGCGUGGUGCUUUGUAAAUAUCUUACAAACAAAAUUGAAGUUUCUGUUAUCCUGGAUCUUUAUGUGGCUGUGAGGAACAGGAAACUCUAUUUUUAAUUAAGGAACAUUUGUUGUAUUUGAAGAUAGUUUUAUUUUCUGUUGAUAAAUCUUUUGUCACCUUAUAAGAAAAUAGUAAGGCUUUCCCUAGAUUUGGUCAAUGUUGGAGUUUUCACUGCAUUAUUUUCUUAAAAUUUGCUGGUGAAUUUAUCUCCUUGUAAACUUUAUUACAAGCAUUAACAAAAGGUUUUGUGCCAUAUUCUGUGAGAAUCUGUUAACAAAAUUUCAUAAUGGAUUGGUUUCUUUGCAAAGGAAAACCAGAGAUUUACACUAAAUAUUGACAGUUUUGUCUGUGUCUGACUUGCCAUGAGAGUCAUGUGAUUUUAAUGUGAUUGUAAGGUAAUUGGAGAGCCGAGUGAUUGUUUUAUCUAAGCAAGUAAACCCAAUUGGUAAAUGUGUAAGUAAACUGGCUGUGGCAAGAUUUCACCUAUGUGGAUGUAGGUCCAGCUGCAAAUCAAUCAUAAAUAGAAAAUGCUGCUACCAUUGUCAUGGGCUUCAUGAAUAAUAAUCUUUUUUUUCUGUUCUAUAUUAUUUUUCUUCAAAGUUUUUGAGGACAAUAAUUGACUGAGUUCUUUUAACUGAGGAUUGAACAGAAAGGUUGUGCGUGUUGAUGAAGACAAUAAUGAACGGAUUAGCACAGAACUUGAUUUAAUGUUCACUAUGGCCAUGCUUAACUGUGUGCUGCUUCUGAAAAAUAUUACCUAUAAUUUCUGCUCGCUAAACAUUCCUUGUUAAAAUGGUUGUUUGUUUUUUUAAAAAAAAAACAACUAGAAACCCCUUGUAGUCAUUCCUUAAAGGAAUGUGCUUACCUGUAUGAUUGGGUUCUUGGUUGAGGUCACCAGCUUUUUACUGGAAGGGAAGCUGCCAAUAAAUGGCCAUCUUUGGUAGUUUGCAUUUUUCUGCUGAAUACCUAUAUCAGAGUGUUUACCUAUGGGAUGUCAUUUGAAUGUCUAUUUUGUGUUUUCAAUAAAGGAUUGGAAAAUCAAACAUGAAGCUGUUACCUAAA